UGGCAGCACCGUUCUGUUUUGUUUGGUGUUUGUGUUUGUUUUGUGAUUUUCCUGUUUUUCUGUGAUUUCUAUCAAUUGAAUUUAUGUUUUCUCAAAUAUUUAUUAAAAAUUGUUCUAUAAGAAAUAUUUAAUAGUACAUAGUCGUUUUUCAUUUUGAAAGAACUAUAUAUUAGAUAUAAAUAAACCAUCCUAAUAAAGCCUUUUAAAAUCUGAGGUAAAUAUUUGGGCAGUAUUAGCUCCAUAAUAUAGUUCCAUAAUGGAACCAGAUAAUUUAAAAACGAAGGAUGGAAGUCCCAGCUGCAGCAGCAAAGUUUCUCCGAACAAUUCUCCUGUAAAAGAUAAGUUGUUCGACCCAUCAAUUGAUAUGUUAAUUAAUGACUUUGAUGAUGAACGAACCCUCGAAGAAGAAGAAGCACUUGCUGCUGCCGAUGUAAUGGAUACUGCUGCUGAGCUAUCAAAUUUGGAGAAGGAGAGCCAUAUGCCAUUAGAAGAACUACUUGCUUUAUAUGGAUAUGAAAACUCAGGGAAACAUCCAGUGGAAUUAGAUUCUUCAGGUGAUGAGGAAGGACUUUCUGAGUGUGAAGAAAUACAUGACAAUACACAGACUGUGGUGGAGAGAAGAAGGAACCCUCCUAGAAAAUCAAAAUUAGCCCUUCUCUAUGAACCGAUCUGUGAUGAUGUGAUGAAUGACUCAAAAAAUAUUUCAUCUGUAUCUAAAAUUUCUGAGGAUGAAGAUGAGGAUUCUGACCAUAAUGAGGAGCACUACAAAGUUGCACAAAGUAUAUAUACUAUUAUGGUUGGCAGUGACUACCAAGUAAAAGUACCAAAAGGUUUUUUGUAUUACGAUAACAUGCAACCAGCAAACGACAAAGAUGACAAACUUAUUUGGAACCCUCAAAGGUUGUGCAGAUCAGAAGUAGAAGAGUACUUAAAAAAAGCGUAUGACAUUUACCAACAUGCUGUCCCAAAUGGAGAUUUGAUAAGGGAUGACGAGGAGGCCUUAUACACCUUGCACAAAUGUGGUUAUGAAGUUGAGGCUGCCCUUAAGGACCUCCGUGUCCGGCAACCUCUGAUUCCAAAGACUGACAAUCCAGCCAAUGAUGUUCGAUGGUUAGAAGAGAAACCCACUGUCAAUGGAACUCAAAUGCAAACCUGUGAGAAGAACUUUUUACAACUUCAUCAAAAUAAUAAGUAACAUCUGCUGUUGCUAUGCAGUUUCUUAAAUUAGUCUAAUUAUUACUUUUUAAUUAUAUAUUUUGCAUGACUGUUAAUAAAACUAAUAAUCAGUUUUAUUAUUAAGUGUACCACGUUUAAUUGUAAUAUAGGGUGUUUACGUUCGUCGUAUUUAUAAUAAAGUUUGUUUUUUUAGAUAA